AUGCCUGCUGCAGGGCAAUUCCAUGUGACAGGACCAAGAGCACCAGUCACUGCCUUGGUAAGAGAAGAGGCUGUGUUCUCCUGCCAUCUCAGUCCACCAAUGGAUGCUCAGAACAUGGAUGUGAGAUGGUAUCAUGACAGUACUUUAAGCCUGGUGCAUCAUUAUAUGAACUCACAGGACCAGCUAGAGCAGCAGAAUCCAGAGUACCGAGGUCGCACAGAGUUCCUGAGGGAGAACAUCACUAAAGGGCAGGUGACCCUUAGGAUUCACCACAUUCGCCCUUCAGAUGAAGGGGACUACAGGUGUUUAUUUAUAAGCUCCACAUACUACAGUGAAGCACAAUUCCAAGUUUUGGUAACAGCCUCAGGUACAGGACCUCAUAUUCAUAUUGAACUUGGUGAAACCAGGGGAAUUAAGCUAACCUGCACAUCCACAGGGUGGUACCCAGAGCCUGAGGUGAAAUGGAGAGAUCUGCAAAGAAAGCAUUUGGCACCAUCCUCUGAGACAAAGAUAGCAAAAGAAAAUGGCCUAUUUCAUGUGGAAACAUCUAUCACUGUGGAUGAGGGUUCCAGAGGAAGUGUCUCUUGUUUGAUAAGGAACCCAUUCCUCAGUGUGGAGAAGGAAGCUCACAUUUCUGUGUCAGACAAAAUCAGUAAAGAACUUGAAGAUAUAAUACUGGAUAGAGACACUGCUCACCCUUAUCUUGAGGUGUCGGAUGAUGGAAAAUCUGUAACAUCUGUGGAAGCAAAGAAGGACUUACCCGACAAUCCUGAGCGAUUUGAUACUAUGCCAGCUGUGUUAGGCAAGAACACCUUUUGUGGUGGUAAUCAUUAUUGGGAGGUCAGAGUAGAGGGGAAAAAUAGAUGGACAAUAGGACUGUGUUCAACCUCAGUUAUUAAGAAGGGACAGUUUAUCUCUGCUAGCCCUGACAAUGGUUUCUGGACACUUUGCCUGAAGAAUGAUGUGUACCAGGUCCUUUCCACUCCCCGUUACACUCUUGAUGUCAAAGAACCCAUGUUGAUUGUGGGAAUUUUUCUGGAUUAUGAAAGGGAGUUGAUAACUUUCUACAAUGCGACAGAAUUUGCUAAUCUCCCAUUUCUCUAUAGCUUCAAGUUUACACCCACUGAGAGCUUGCAGCCAUAUUUCUACCCUGGACCUCUCAAUGAGAGAAACAGUAAUGGCCUUACUAUCUUGUAG